CAGAUCCGUCAGGACGGAAAAGCGUGGGAACACAGGACCCCCCUCGUCUCGUUCAGCGAGCGGCGGAGGGGACGGCAGCAUCGAAGCCGCAGCGCGGAUGUCCUCGGCCAUCCCGGGAUCCGGGGGUGUGAAGUGGAAGGCCACGGCUCCCGCCUGGGAUCGGUCCUGGAGGAGGAGAGGCCAAGGCCUGUCCAGUCGACCGGAAGCUCGGGGAGAUUUGCUCACCCUUUUUCCCAGAGAGACAGCACGGUCGAAGCGGAGGAUUAAACAUGUUCGGAAAUUAUCCUCGCCUGGCCGAGUUUUCCGCGGGUUUUGGUGAUCCUUCAGUCGCCGCCAGCUCAACGUCCUCGACCCCGGAGACGGAACUGACCCCGGGAAGACCCACGGAUGUCCUCCCUGGCUUCAUCGAGGCACCAAACGGGGUUGGCGGGCCGGAAGACGUGAAGCCUUCGCCGGGACUGUCCGGGCUCGGGACCGUGAGCUGCCCGUCGGCCAGCCCGGGCCUCCUGGCUAAGCACAUCUGUGCCAUCUGCGGCGACAGAGCCUCAGGGAAGCAUUACGGGGUCCAUAGCUGUGAAGGCUGCAAAGGAUUCUUCAAGCGUACCAUCCGGAAGGACCUGGUGUACAUGUGUCGGGACAACAAAGACUGCUUCGUCGACCGGCGUCGUCGCAACCGAUGCCAGUUCUGCCGCUACCACAAGUGCCUGCGCCAGGGCAUGAAGCGCGAGGCGGUGCAGGAGGAGAGGCAACGGAGCCGGGAGCCCGGAGCGGAGCCCACGGGCACCGGCCACGAGGACAUGCCGGUGGAGAGGAUCCUGGAAGCAGAGCUGGCCGUCGAGCCCAAGAUGGAGCCGGAGAUGGAUCGGGACCAGAAUCCCCAGAACUCAAGCAACGAUCCGGUCACGAACAUCUGUCACGCGGCCGACAAGCAGCUGUUCACCCUGGUGGAAUGGGCCAAGCGGAUCCCCCACUUCUCCGACCUGGCCCUGGAAGACCAGGUCAUCCUGCUGCGGGCAGGCUGGAACGAGCUCCUGAUCGCCUCCUUCUCCCACCGCUCCGUGUUUGUGCAGGAUGGCAUCCUCCUGGCCACCGGCCUGCACGUGCAUCGCAAUAGUGCUCACAGCGCCGGCGUCGGCUCCAUCUUCGACAGGGUCCUGACGGAGCUGGUGUCCAAGAUGAAGGGCAUGAGGAUGGAUAAGUCGGAGCUGGGGUGUCUCCGAGCCAUCGUGCUCUUUAACCCGGAAGCCAAAGGUCUGUCCAGCCCCUUGGAGGUGGAGUCCCUGAGGGAGAAAGUGUAUGCUACGCUCGAAGGAUACACCAAGCAGAAAUACCCCAGCCAGCCAGGCCGGUUUGCCAAGCUGCUGCUGCGCCUACCGGCCCUGCGCUCCAUCGGCCUCAAAUGCCUGGAGCACCUGUUUUUCUUCAAGCUCAUCGGCGACACACCCAUCGACACCUUCCUCAUGGAGAUGCUGGAGACCCCGCUCCGCCUCACCUGACUCGCUGAUGCC